ACUGGGUACUGCAUGGGAGAGAAUUAUUGCUAUUAACGUAUUUUGUAUCUUCCGUUUGUUUUGUAAACAAUAUCUUAUGUCAUUACGAUAGUGUGAUCGCGGGAACGGUGCAGGGGAAAUUAUGCCAUAUUUAUUGUGUUAGUUCUGUGAAAUAUUCUUCUCCAAAAUCUCAAAUUUGUAAUCCGUAUAUUUUUGCGGUAUGUGGUGAGUUUCAUCAUGAAAUACGAAUAAUUGUACAACUCUCAUCGAAUGGAUAUUCACCCGAGUUUUUCGCAAAUGAUAGUGCACGAAUGUGAAAAUGCGAGUGUUUGAAGGAUGCUGAAAAAUCUGUUACCUUAGAAAAAUAGUCGUCCCUUGUGUGUGAUGCAACGGAAAAAAUAUCAACGAAGUCCCAAAAAGUUACCUGAAGUUUGAGUGCGUUUAAAAUGAAUAAUGAAAGUGAUUUUGCCAAUAAUGAUGAUUUGCAAACUAUAAGUUACUAUCUUCCAAGCUAAUCAUCCAACAUCAAAAUGAAUGUGCAACCAUUUGUAAAAUAAUUAAUUUAUUAAUUGGAAAAAAAACAGUUGGAAACGAUACACACUAUUUACACAUAAUGGUGUUGGAGCAUCAAGGAAUGUUACAGAAUUUGCAAACACUUGGGUCUCAGCCUGCGUUGCAAUUGUACGCCGCGGCGGCAGCAGCACAGCUGACGCCUAGAAACCGCGUUCCGCAAUGGUCACCAUUUCUGCAGCUCGGAGUGCCUGGUGUUUUCGCAGGGCCGUUCUUGACAAGACCGCGCUUCGGUCCACCGGGUGUUCCUCAAAGUCUCGUCGCCUUAAAUGGAUUAAAUAAUAUCAACAAUAAUACACAUCAAAGCAUAUCACCACAACGAGCAAUACAGGGUCCUCCCAGUGAAGACUCCAACGAUGAUAGAGGAUCAGCGGCUGACGGGGACGAUGAAUGCAGUUCAUCGAAGCGCAGAAGAUCGAGGACGAAUUUCAACUCAUGGCAGUUGGAAGAACUGGAAAGAGCUUUUUCUGCCAGCCAUUACCCGGAUGUAUUUAUGAGGGAAGCCUUAGCAAUGAGACUUGAUUUGAAGGAGAGCAGAGUUGCGGUGUGGUUUCAAAAUCGUCGAGCGAAGUGGAGAAAAAAAGAACACACAAAAAAAGGGCCAGGAAGACCUGCACAUAAUGCUCACCCUCAGUCUUGUUCAGGAGAACCCAUUCCGCCCAAUGAGCUGCGCGCAAGGGAAAAAGCACGACGCCGAAAAAAGCUUGCUAAGGCGCUGGAACGUCAAGCUAGGAAAUUACGGGCGAAAGGAAUCGCCGUUGACUUAGAAGUAUUAAAAGCGGAGUACCUUUCUCAGCACCGCAAUAAUUCCAGCUCAGAGAGCGAAGGCGGAGGAGACGAUGAUGACGACGCGGAUUCCAUCGAUGUGGUCGGUGGAGCUGAAUCCAAUGAAACACCAGAAGACUGUUUGAUGGAAAUGCGUGACAGUAUUGACGAUGUUCUGGACGAAAGUACCGAGACACAUAAAACUAGUAUGAGGCCAAAUCCAUUUAGCAUAGAAUCAUUGCUAUAUAGGAACACGUGAAAAUAAAAAGAUAACGCAUUUAGUUUCCUAACAACUCAUUCAUUCAGAUGCUAUGUGAAAAGUGGAAAAUUUUAGGUUAUUAAGUGAAACAUUUUUGUUAUUCACCCUAUCCUAUGUGACAUAUAAAAUAAUCAAUAUUCGAAAUGACAUUUGAGAUUGACGAUUAUUUG